AUGGUUCGCAAGGCAGUUACUACACUUGCUAUCGCGUUUGCUUCUGCUACGGCAACCGCGGCGGCUAUGGACAAGAGGAUUGUCAACGGGGAAGAGGCUAAACCAGGCGAUUUUCCAUUUAUUGUUAGUAUUGGCUCGACGCCUUCGGGGAAGAGCCAUUUUUGCGCCGGCAGCUUGUUGGACAACAUUACAGUUCUUACUGCUGGCCAUUGCGUUGCAUCUGCCUACUACGUCAGAGCAGGAACACAGGACCUUGGCGAGGCCGCGGACGUUGCAGAGGUAGCAUACGCCAAGUCGCACCCUGAUUUCAACUUGACUACAAAAGACGCCAAUUAUUAUGCUGUUAAUGACAUUGGAAUCGUCAAGUUAUCAACUCCAAUUAACAGGAGCGACAAAAUCGAAUAUGCCACGCUGCCCGAAGACGGCUGGCACCCCGCGGUUAAGUCCACCGGAAGAACUGCAGGCUGGGGUCCAACGAUCAGCGGAAAAGGCUCUCCGAAGGCAGUCGACCACCUCCGCGUGCUUGAUAUUCCUGUUCGCCCACUUGAGGAGUGCCUGCAAUACUCUCUAGUUCCUGAUAAUAAAGACACAAAAAUAUGCGCUGGUGGAGAUGGCAAGAUUACAACAAGAUAUGAUGGCGGCGGCCCUUUUAUUGACCAGGACACUGGAUACUUGAGUGGUGUCGUGUCGCAAGCGAUGAGCGACGCGAAAUAUCCAGGGACAUUUACUAAUGUUGGCAGCUACAUGUCGUUUAUUGAGGAAUAUCGUGGGUCUAACGGUCGUCCUGAUCCUAAUGCUCCGUCUAGGGCUAAGCUUCUCCAAGAGGCUGCCAAGAAGUUCAUUUCCGAGGAUGAGGUUUUCGAGCACUGCGAUAGGACCGGACAGCCUAGGCUAGACUGCUACGAGGCUAAAAAGCCUUGUGAUACGCAGCGACGAAAGAAGCCCAAUCAAACGCACGAGGAAUAUUUUCAAUGUAUUGAUGAAGAAGUAAUCAAGUGGCAAAAGUUCUUGGAAGAAUACGAUAAUCAAGGUAACAAGAAGGUGCAAGGUUGA